AUGUCUUCAGAGGAGCACUUUGAUUCCGACGCACACAGGAGCGACGAGCAGCUCGUAAUUGAUCAGGAGAGAGAGGAUGAAGACAGAGAGACAUCGUUUCUCACUCAGAAGGAAACCCGAGAUGUCGAACCAUCGACAUCAUCACAGACCGCUGUUGGUGACGCAGCAGCACCUGACCAACUAACUGGACCUACCGCCGCAGAACAGUAUACAGACACAAUAGAAGAGGAGGAGGCUGCAGCGGUUGAAGAAGCAACAGCAAUUGAAGAGGCGGUAGCGUUGGGAAGCAAAUCAUCACGCAGUGCAAGAAAGAGUCGAGCAUCCGGGCCGGGUGUAUCAGCCGGCGAUGCCAAAAGCGAACAGGCCAGGAAACGAGCUCGCAAAUCUGUCGCUGGUGGUGCAUCCUUAUCCGAAAGGACCGCUGCAACGGAAGCAGAUGCUAACGUGCGACUUGACCGACUGCGUCAGGCGCUCUUUCGCUUCCUCGAUCUUAUUGAACACCGCGCUACUCGAUCUAGCUUCGCCAAAGCAUUCCCCCACAUCGACGAGGAAUCUGUCGAGGCGCUACGUCAGCAGUUCGUCAGCCAGCUCAAAGACGCGAUUGUUGACGAGUCUGAAAAGCUCAUCGAGUCCAAUGAGCUCGAAGCCAAGCUAGCGUCUUUGCAUCGACUGACUCAGGAGGCAGACGCGCGAUACCAAGCUGGACACGAGUACGGUUCAGAGGAGCUCAAGGAUGUCUGGAGGAAAGAUCUCGAUUUGGAGACGGCUAUCUCGGCGCGUGCGAUUCCAAAUCAGGAAAGGAGAGUUCAGGAGCUCAAAGCUGAGCUCGAGUUGGUUCGUAAACAGAAUCGCGCGAUACAUACAGAAAUGCUCGACACAAGAGCAAGAUCACUGGCAAUACGAAGCGAUGCUCAAGAUUCGCUUGAUGCUCUUGAAUCAGCCAUCAGAGGGCUCGAAGCCACACCAGACAUGCAGAAGCAACUUCGACAAACGAUGGACGAUCUACUGCAGGACCUCGGCGCUCGUGUCUAG